AUACUAUCACAUCAAGUUAAGAAUUUCUUACACCUAUGUUAAAUUAUAUUUCCUGACCCGUAAGUAAUAAAAAGAAUUCUAAAAGUAUAUUGGAUAGUAUUCAAUGCACCGGAUUAUACAUGCACCAAAUGUGAUACUUUCGUUCCCAAUCAACAAAGCGAGAGGAGAGAAAUUUCAAUUUUAGAUGGAAUAAAAUCUUCUCCCUUUUCUGAAGUAUGAUUCAUGAGAUAUAAGGAUUAACAUUUUUGGCAAACAUACGCUGUCAUUGAAGGAGUUGGUACGUUUUGACACAACUUUUAUAUUCUUGGGCAAAAAUUACAAACUCAAUGUCAAAACAUGACAUAACUGAGACAUGGAUGAAAAGGCAAGCUGCGCGUGCAGAAAUUCCGGAAGUAUGCUUGGUAGUGGAGGGUAAUUCAUUGCUUGUUGAUAAAAAGGAACUCUUUGCACAAUCUCCUGUAUUCGAACGGCUAAGUAAAACAGUAUUUGGAAAACGAGAACAGCAGAUAGUUAUAAAGGGGAAAAGACGGAAAGAUGUUGUCAAUUUUCUACGAUGUACUAUGCCUGGUGUACUGGAACCUAUGAAUAGUGAAAACGUUCACAGGAUUCUUCCAAUGGCGUUCGAAUAUCAGGCAAAAAAUACAUUGAAACGCGCUGACGACUUUCUAGCAGAGGAAAUUCAACAAAUUGGUGAUAAUUUGUCAUCGUCAGAAAUUGUCAAAAAAAUUCUUGAAGCAGAAAAAUAUAAUUUAAUGGAAUAUUUGAAAACAUGUGUUAUGCUAGCAGCAAAACGGAGAUUCAAAAGUCUGUUAGCGUGUAAGGAUUUUUAUAGAAUAACAGAGAAAACCAAGUUAGAAAUGCGAUUUAAACGCUGGAAGGAUGUAGAAAUAGUGUCUGAUGUAGAAGCAGAUUUAACACAAAACUUUCCUCAUACACGUUAAAUGCAAUGCUCGUAUUAUCAUAUUAAAUUUUCAUUCAUUAAAUAGCAAUAUAGAUGU